AUGUACUUGUUGGUGAUGUGGAGAGCCUGGAUAGAGACUUAUGCCUCUUUUAGCAUCGUGAUCGUUCAUGGUUUGCACGGCCAUCCUUAUAAGACUUGGAUAUACAAGAAUGAUCCUCACGACCAGCAAGACGUACCGGAGGAAGACGAGGACAGCAGCCGGCGCAAAAAGCAAAAGAUAUCACAUCGAGUAAUCCCGCUGUUCAGGGGCAGCAAGUCUGAUAACAUAGACAUUGAAUCUCAGUCAUCAGAGACACUGGUCCAUAGACAGGGCUCGCAGAACGGAGAGUUAUCAUGUGUCUUUUGGCCACGAGAUCUUCUCCCCAGUGGGUGCCCCAAAGCUCGAGUCCUUGUGUUCGGCUACGAUAGCAAAGUCACCAAGUAUACCUCUGGCGCGACAAAUCAGAACAGCGUCCAUUCGCACAGCAAGGAUCUUUUGUUUGCUCUCAUGCGCGAACGGCCUGCUGGUCGUCGGCUUAUCUUUGUGGCACAUAGCCUUGGUGGUAUAGUUGUCAAAGAAGUGAGACGGGAAUUGUACCUUUUGUGCAAAGAGAUUGCUGACAACAAGUUAGAUGCUUGCGAUAUCCUCCGCUUGGCCAUCGUCUGAGCAUCAAGACGUGGUCAGAUCGACAUCUGCUGUAGUGUUUUUGGGCACACCUCACAGAGGAAGCCCGGAUCUUGCUUCUUUUGGUGAAUGGGCGCGAUCGUUCAUCAGUGCCUUUCGCAUACAGACGACUUCUGACAUUCUUGACGCCCUUGGUAUGAAGAACACAGACCUGGAAAGAGCCCAGGAGGCUUUUUCAGCCGUCUGGCAGACGUAUGACUUUCGCAUCAAAACCUUCCAGGAGGGGCUAGGCCUUAAAGGCAUCAACCUGGGUGUUUUUGGCAACAAGGUGGUGCCGGACAGCUCCUCCCUUAUUGGGGAUUAUCGAGAGUGUGCGGAGACCCUCCAGGCAAAUCAUAAGAAUAUGUGCCGGUUCUUCGGGCAUGAUGAUCCUAAUUAUCGUAAAGUUGGGGGAGAGAUCUGCUCCAUCUACCGAUCCAUCACUGAUUUUGGCUCCCGCAGCCUCGGCCGAAGUGAGCCUAUGGAAAUUGAUUCAUGGGCCGACAUGCCUCCUCAGAGUUCCGUACCGAAAACACCAGGGCAUUGGCGUGAUGAGCAACUGACUGAGAGUGAUAAGAAACUCCUCGAUUCCCUUUGGUUUCCCGAGAUAGACUUCCGUCACCAGACCGUCGAUAGCCCAGCCGAAAACACCUGCAACUGGCUGUUCCAUAACGAAACAUACCAGAAUUGGUUUCACAAUAGAGAUCAAGAUGUAUACCAAGGCCUUCUUCUGUUGAAGGGCAAGCCGGGAGCUGGAAAAUCGGUCCUGAUGAAAGAGGCGUUCCGACGCAGCACCAAAGAGCGGUCCCUCUUGGGUAGGAAUUGCGCCACGGCAGCAUUCUUCUUCGAUACCAAGGGAACUUGGUUGCAAAGUUUCCCCACCGGACUUUUACGUUCGCUGCUUUUCCAACUGUUCCCAAGACUUAGGCGGGGUUUUGAAACGUUGAGACAGGUAUGGGCUCAUAAAGGUGAGCAGACAGAUUAUGAUUGGUCAGUAGGAUUAUUUCAAGGAUUCUUUCAGUCACUGUUUGACGCUGGAAACCCCUGCGACAUUACGAUUUUCAUCGACGCUCUUGAUGAAUGCCAUCCGCUUUGGAUGCGGCGGCAAGCUUCAUUCUGGCGUUCGGUGACUAGGUACGCUCGCAAGAAGGGAUCCCGGUUAAAUGUUUGCCUCUCAAUCAGACAUCAUCCCCACAUCACUCUCGAAAACUGUGCGGAGGUGAUCGUGGAACAUCACAAUGACCACGAUAUUGCAACAUACGUGAAACAGAAGCUCCCAUGCGAUUCUGAAAGGCAGGGGGAAAAAUGGGAAGAAAUCAGGCGCACAAUCAUCCUCAAAUCGGCAGGAGUGUUCCUAUGGGUAAUUCUUGUGGUCGAGAAAGUCCUGAGAUUGUGGGAUGAAGGAGAACACCCUAGAUACAUACUUGCGCAAUUGGAAAUCGUGCCGGAGAGCUUGGGAGCCCUGUUCUCACAGCUCUUCGAGGGCUCAACCCCCGCUUCCAAAGCCUUGGCUAUCAAGCUGUUUCGCUGGGUCAUACUCGCCGCCAAGCCGCUGCGGCUUCGCGAGUGGCAUCACAUUCUAGCAUUUAGUAAACAACCGGGACUCUCCUCCUUGAAGGAAUGGCGAGAGUCGGACAACUUUACUGAGGACGACGAGCAGCUUGAAAAGCAAAUCAAGGCCAUAUCCAGGGGACUGAUCGAAGUGACGGGCCGCCCUGCUCUGUCGCAGGGCGACAAUGUUGACUCGAGUUCAGUGCGUGCCGGUGCGGGAUCUCUUGAUUUGCAAAAUGGCGAGACCCGAGUUGUACGGGCCAUUCAUCAAUCCGUUUGCGAAUUUUUCAAAAGUGGCAAGGGUUUCGCAAUUCUUGACGAGAACCCUACUGAACAUACCGGGCGGAGUUUGGAUGACGUUUAUGUGGAUGAUGAGAAAUACAUGAGGGAGGGCCACCUAUACAUCAUGAACACGGCACUGGAUUACAUGGGCAUUAGAGAGUUGAAUGCUCUGGUAGAAGCCCGAAGACGAGCAGCGGAACGCGCUGCCUGCGCCGAGCUGAAUAUGGGAUCAACAGCAUUGCCAGCACACCUGUUUUGGUCUGACGAUGUCGAACCUCGUGGGCCUACCGAAGCUCAAACUCUAGAACGAGCCCUCUUCGACGUGCCGAGGAUUCUAUCAAGAACGACACAAAAACGCACCCUCUCGGAGAUGGUUGGCUCCAACCAGGUGGCAGAUGGGACGAUUGAUAUUAAUCAAUGGAUCUCUGUAAGCAAAGAAGAAAUCGAUCGUGGUUCGGAUGAUGGCACGGGACACGGCUCAAUUAAAUCGUCGGUCUCCGUUCAUACUCAGACUCUUGAUGACCACCCCGCGCUUCUGUUGUACGUCACGUCGGAGUUUUUUACUCAUGCCCGCCUUGCUCAAUCGUCUGGCGCAGAUCCCGCCGAGAUCAUCAAACGACUGUAUUUAGAAGAUGGUUUGAAUCGACUGAGCAUCCUCCGAGAAGAUAAGGAGACGAUUCAACCCUUGACUGAGGGUCUUGACUCCUGGGUCCGGGCCAUGGAAGAUUUGGGACUUGUCCGGAAAGGGUAUCAGCAUCCUCUGGCUGAAGGAAGUUCAUAUCACGAGCUCAGCCUUGCCAUGGACAUCGGGCAGCAGGGCGAGGAGGAUGA